AAUUAGACUGUUUUACUAGUGAAAUACAUGAAGAACCUAUGUGUAUAUGACUCGUCAUAUAGCUCUAUUAUAGUAGUCAGCGGGUGUUGCAGUUGAACAGUCCACAAGUCGUCAAAUAAAUAGCGUGCAUUCAUAAUAAAACCUGCCUCACAUGGAUCCAGUGGGUGAAUAAAGUCCUCCUGUAGUGAAUCCAUGGGUUUUUGUAAGAAAAAUAUCCAUAUUUCAAAUGUAAUAAACACUUUUCUCUUACUUUUGGUAUCUGUCAUAUGGUGUAGACGUUCCGGUGGAUGACGCAGCACGUAUAUGCAGCGCGAGCUUCUGAGAUGUGCUAGUCUCGCGAGUUUGUUUAUAGGAGCAAAGGAAGCAGUUUCCUUACCCUAGCAAAGGAAAACCAGUCUCAUCUUGGUUCAUAUCGAAAUCCUCCCAACAUUUGUCUUUACAAAUCCUCAGUUAGUACUUCUAAUUCGUGACCUGCGUUUUGUUUUGUUCUCUCUCCACAUUCGUCACUAAUCACGCAACACCAACAUCCUAUGUCAUCCGCCGGAAUGGCUUCCGCAUAUGACAGAUACCGGUAGUGAGAGAAAAUAUGGAUAUUUUUCAUGCAAAAACAAAUUAAUUCUCUACAAGAGGCAUUUAUUCAUCCCCCGGAGCCGUGUGAGGUACUUUUUUUAUUAUGAAUGCACGCACUUUAUUUUACGACUUGUGGACUGUUCAACUGCAACCCCCGCUGACUAAAAUGAUAGAGCUUGGAAUAGCCAGGACAAUUUUUAAUAUAACUGACUGGAUUUGUCUAAAAUAAAGUCACGCAGUAUACACCUACUAUACACCUAGGAUGCCUCUAGGGUGAGUAAAACACAAGCUCAUUUUCAUUUUUGGGUGAAUUAACCCUUUAAUCACACUUUUCCCAAAUUCUCCUGAAAAUGGUCGCAAUUUAAAAUAAAUAAAUAAAACUUCUGUAACAAAAUCUGGUCAUAAAAAUUUGAGGAAAAUGUGCUUAUUUGUCAAAGUUUUUGUCUUCAUUCAUAAUGAAGUUUCUUCUCAUUGUCAUAUAUUGCAGUGUUUUCAUGAAGCUUACUCAGGUCCCUGCGUCCUCAUUACGACUUCUACCUGUGUAAAUAUCUGUGAUUGUAGUAUGUGUGAUAUUUAAAAUGUUAAAAUAGACUCGGAAUAAAAUGAAAAAGAUGUGAAAAAGCUGUGGAGCUUCAUUACAGGUCAGGUAAUUAGAUUCCAUCCGUUAUGUAACUGCUGCCUUCCUCUUUAGAUGACAGGAACUGCAUUAAGCAUACAUGCUUAAAAAAGCAGCACAGAUCUAGGAGGAAUUCAGCAGUAAUAUGAUCGUUCCACACUACUUGGAUCAUCUUCCAGUAAAUUUAGUGUAUUGAUGCAGCCCUAAGAGGAAGGAUGACCUGUAUUCGGAAGGUGAAGAGGGGUGUUACUGUUUGAGGAAUUAAAAGUCCUCCCAGUCGUUCUCUCGUACAGACGGAGCAGGAGAUCAUGGAGACUGGAUCUGUCGCUUUCUCAAGGGACUUUGAAUCAUUCGUUUCUAAUGGCUCCUCUACAAGUUCCUCCAUCACGCUCAACAGCAGCAUGCAGAGUCCCUCGCCCGAAGAAUCAUACCUGGUGCUGGGGAAACCACGUCAUUCGUUCGGGACUGUAGGGGUGGUCUUCAUCAUACUUAUCACUAGCUGCAUCAGCCUGCUAACAGUCCUGGGCAACGUCCUCGUUCUGCUUUCAUUCAAAGUCAACCGCAAUCUCCGAACCAUCAACAACUACUUCCUUUUUAGUCUUGCUUGUUCGGACCUUAUCGUCGGUGUUUUCUCCAUGAAUCUCUACAUUGUGUACGCCGUAAAGGGGUAUUGGCCUUUGGGACCGCAGAUGUGUGAUUUGUGGUUGGUUGUAGAUUACGUGGUGAGUAACGCCUCUGUGAUGAACCUCCUGCUGAUCUGCUUUGACCGGUACUUCUGUGUGACCCGGCCUCUGAGUUACCCAGCAAAACGUACAGCAAGGUGGGCUGGGUUGAUGAUUGCUGCGGCUUGGUUACAGUCUCUGCUUCUCUGGGCUCCAGCCAUCCUGCUUUGGCAGACUGGGCAGGACAGGAGCAAGGUCUCGGAGGGACAAUGUUAUAUCCUGCUCCUCGCCAACCCUGCCAUUACCCUGGCCACUACCAUCCCAGCGUUCUACAUUCCCGUUGUGAUAAUGGUGGUACUGUACACACGGAUAUCCCUGGCCAGUCAGAGACGAGUUCAUAAGUUGAAGCCUGAAUUCGCAAACCUGCUUGAACCAUCUAAGGCAAGUGGAGGAACGUCAGCUGCAAACCCUGACCUAGUGAAUGACAUUAAACCCAAUGAAACAUGCUCAUUUAAACUAGAUUCAGAGCUCAUUAGAACGAAACACCCUUCUUCUGCAGAGUUCAGCAAAAUGGACUACUCCUUGGAUUCAAGUCCUGAUGCCUCUGCGGAAGAGCUGGAUGCAGAAACCUUGAGACGGAAGACCUUGACAGGGUGUGCAGAACCUAGCAGAACAAUGCAACCUCACUGUCUUCAAAACCAUACUACCAUUCAGGUUCAAAGUCAAGCAACCAAGAUUGUCUCCAAGAAUGCCAGACAGAAGGCACUUAGAGAAAGGAAGGUGACAAAGACCAUCCUUGCCGUUCUUUUGGCCUUCAUUGUAACUUGGACGCCUUAUAGUGUUAUGGUUCUGAUUGGUACCUUCUGCCGCUGGUGUGUCCCUGAAAUUCUAUGGAUGGUGGGUUACUUUAUGUGCUACGUCAACAGCACGGUAAAUCCAGUGUGCUACGCGCUCUGUAACGCUACCUUCAAAAGAACCUUUAAACGACUGUUGAUGUGCAAGUUCAGAAAUCUGGCAUCAAAAUGAGUCGGACUUCAUCCUCUUAUCAAUGAAUCCUAGCGAACCAACGAGGAACCUGAUUCACUCAAACGUUUCGUGAAUGUGAAGCUGUUUUACUAGAGCCAAAAGCGAAGUUGGUUGAAGUUAUUGGUGUUUAUCAUGUUGCUGGUGUUGUUUGCGAAUGUAUUCUUACGCCAACAGUUUGUGCGAAUCAAUGCGAUAGAUUAGAGAAGACACCUAUUCUAAUUUUGUGAACAUGACGCUGGACUACUUGAGCCAAAAGUGUAAAUAAAGUGAAGUAUGUUGUAUGCAUUAAAUGUAUCAUAAAGUCAUUAAGUUCUUUAAGUACUUUAACCAAAGUAAAAAGUAAAACAAAUGUAUUUUAUUAUUCAUCAGGGCACUAUGAUUGCAUUUGUUCUAAGAAUUUUAUGGCACAUGGUAAAGUUUUUAUUUUUUUAUUUUUACUUUAAGUUACAGUUUGUAUGAAUAUAAUUGUUUGCACAAUAAAUGAAUUUU